UCUCUAAAAUUGUGAAACCUUUGUAUGUAAUUUUGCUGACAAUAGUUUGAAUUGGAAUUUAAAAAUGGCGCCUGCAGCUGAUGUGUCAGGACCUACAACCUCAUCUCUACUCUCAGCACAACCUCUGAUGGAUUUGUAUAUGGAUAUGGAGGACAUAGAGAAGGAUAUGGAGGAAAUUGGAGAAACAGAAGAGGUUCGGGAAAAAUCUUUAAAUAGUAUGAGGGCGUGGUUACGUGGUCACGCCGCCAUUAGAAACUGUAGAGAAGAUCGAGCCUUUCUUCUUAGAUUCCUUAGAUUUCAGAAGCAUCAGGUUUUAAAAAGUUGUUCAGUUCUAGAAAGCUAUCUUAGGAUGAGGAAAAAUCACCCGCACUGGUUUCAAAACCUGGAUGUUAGAGAUGAGAAGUUAAAAGAACUAGUGAACAGUGGAUAUGUGUUUGCCCUCCCAGGGAAGGAUUCUGAAGGAAGAAGGAUAGUUUUCAGUGUUGCUAGAGUCCUUGACCCUUCAAGACAUACAAACAGUGAUGCAAUGAGAGCUCAUCUACUUACAUUUGAGGCUUUGUUAGAAGAAGAGGAAACUCAACUCAGAGGAUUCACAUAUAUUUUCGACUGUUCUGCCCUAUCCUUGUCAUAUAUUAGUAUAUGGUCCCCUACAGAAGUGACCAAGAUGUUUGGUAUCUGUGAGAAGAACCUACCGAUGAGACAUAAGGAUAUAAAUCUUUUAUCUCUUCCAUUCCCUAUGCGAGCAGUAUUUGAGUUCUGUAAAGGUUUACUCUCAGAUAAAAUUAGAAGGAGGUUUGCAGUACACUCUAGUAUAGAGAAACUAGAGAUUAAACUGGGGGAUUCAGCUUCGUCAAUUCUUCCUUUGGAGUAUGGAGGCACUGUUCCUUUGGCUCAAAUGACUGCACAGUGGGCAGAACAUCUAGAAAACUCGAGGUCGUCUUUGCUGGGUCUAGAUUCUAUAGUGGUAGAGGAUGCUAAGAUUGCUGUAAAAACCAAGGCUGAGCGAAGUUCAAUUUGGAGUUAUCUUCCUUCUUUUAGUCAAUCAACCUCAGGAUCAGUUUAAAUC